UCCCCCUCAUUAUAAAACUCUCAGAUUAACAGAUGACAGUUAUACAGCAGGUUUCUGGUGACAGAAUGAAGAUCAUCAUGUUUUUCUCACUUUUGCUUCUGGUCUGCUCUGUUUCAGCAGAUCAGACUGAGACUCCAGUCCAACAAUCCAAUACACAGGACAUCCAUGCUGUGCUGAGAGAGCUGACCGCCUCAUUGGCUUUGCAGAAUGAGCAGAUCACUGUCCUACAGAGAGAGAAUCAAGUCAAACAGGUGGCUUUCUCAGCCUCUCUGGGGAAACAAAGCCCUACAGAUACUGGACCCUUUACCACAGAGACUACUCUGAUCUUCGAACAUGUCAUCACAAACAUUGGAAAUGCCUACAACCAAUCCACAGGUAUUUUCACUGCACCAGUGAGAGGAGUCUACCACUUUGAGUUUCACAUAUUUGGAACAGCAGGCAUUCGUGCAGGUGGUUCAUUGUUCAGGAAUGGAGACCUCAUUUGCACUGCAUAUGAACAUCCAAAAUCUGGCAGUGUGAGCGCCUCUAAUGGAGUCUCACUGCUUCUAGAGGUUGGAGAUCAGGUGUCUGUACGUCUCCCGAUUGGUUCAAGUAUUCAUGAAAAUCAAAACCAUCAUACCACCUUCAGUGGUCAUCUGAUUUUCACCAUGUGAGAGGUGUGACAGCUCCAACACUUCCUGUUUGGACUGUCUUGUGUGGGCGGAGCUUAGCCAUUUUUAGAAGUAAAACAGAAAGUAAAUCACCUGCUGUAAUCAGUUUCUUGCUCUCUCUCUCUCUCUCUGGUUGGGUUCUAGUUUUGUGUUUAUUUGUUUCUACUUCUCCUCUGAUUCCACUGACUCAGAUAAUUUACUUCUUCUUCUUAUCUUUGAUUCAAAUAAAUCCAGUUUAAAUGCUCAGUGAUUCUCUUCUCUUUCUCCUUUCUUUGAGUCGGCUCUUCAUAAAGUGCUGCUCCUCCAUUAGGUCAUGAGUAUUUUCUAUAAGUUGGUAAACUGCAUUAUUUUUUUAUUGGCUCCACUGUCCUGUGUUGGUCAGUCUGUUAUUUUGGUGACUGCUGGCCCACAUGUUUGCUUUUAACUGGAGUCUUUCCUGUUAAGUUGAGCAAAAUCCAACAGUUCCUCUUUUUUCUCUUCUUUGAUAAUCAUGCAGGUAUUUUUCUUAAACACUUAACAGAUGUUAAACUUAAUCUGACUAUCAUGAUAAAAAUGUAAACAGCUGAUUUAGUUUGAUAUAAAAAUGUGUGUCAGUGCUGUGGAGGAAUUUGUAGAAGCUGAAAUGUUUCCUUAUUUUUCAUCUGAAUCCAGAUCCAGACACAGAUAACUGACUGUAAACUUACUCGGGUUUAUUUCUUUCUAUUCUUUACUUUCAAAAUAAAAGCAUCGUUGAAACAA